ACGAACCACUCCGCAACCCGAGAUACGCGUCGCGCUCUAGUGUAGAUUAAAACUGCGGACACAUAUGCGAGUGAAUGAACAAAACCAUUCGGGGCUCCAGAAGAGCAACUGAUGGUCAGAUCAUGGACUCGUCAUCUCGAACGCUGGAAAAACUGGAAAAUGAAAAUAAUAAGAAUGGGUCAGUAAAGCAGGUGCUCUUGGAUGGAUGUGUGCCCUUCUCUCAUCAAGUGGCCGGACAUAAAUGCGGGAUCAAUAACACUGGUGUUCUGCAGCAUCCUGAUGGAACGAUCCUGAAACAGCUACAAGCUCCUCCGAGAGGCCCACGAGAGAUGAACUUCUACACACAGGUAUUUGCUAAGGACUGUACAGAUAAAAGGCUAUUGGAUUUGCAACAACAUCUUCCCAAGUUCUAUGGCACAUGGAUGCCACGAGAGUCACCACAUGAGCUGUAUCUGAAACUGGAGGAUGUGACGAGGAGGUUCUUACGGCCCUGCAUCAUGGAUGUGAAGAUCGGGAGGAGAAGUUAUGACCCGUUUGCGUCAAAAGAAAAACGUGAAGAGCAGAUUAGCAAGUAUCCUCUGAUGGAAGAGAUCGGCUUCCUGUUAUUGGGCAUGAGGGUGUACCAGAUCCACUCAGACAGUUACAUCACUCAUGACCAGUUCUAUGGACGCAGUCUCAGAAAGGACAUUUUAAAAAAUGGCCUGAGCAGAUUCUUCCACAAUGGUCAAGAACUACAGAGGCAUGCAGUUUCUCUGAUCAUCUCCAAAAUCCGAGGCAUUCUCCGCUGGUUUGAGAGCCAGACUCAGUUGCAUUUCUAUGCCAGCUCUCUGCUGCUGGUGUAUGAGGGCUCUCCUUACACAACCAACAAAUCCAAACACAAGCCAGCUGAUCCAGCAACCGAACAUCAGCAGGGGGAGCCACAGAGCAAGGCUUUGAACUUUCAGAGCAGUUUAACACACAGUCAUCCGUACUGCCACAACGUUCAGCAUGAGAGGAACGCCAACAGAAAACAUGGAGGAAGUGAAAAAGAGCAAAAUAAGGAAACUGGAAUGAGGGAUAAGAAGCAGUUUGGACAGGAGGAGGCAGUGGAGGUGAAAAUGAUCGAUUUUGCUCAUGUAUUUCCCAGCAACAGUCCGGAUGAGAGCUACAUGUAUGGACUCAGGAACCUUCUCUCAACUUUAGAACAAAUACUGAAGGACUGACAUCUGUCCAUCUCUCUCUUCACUGGUUGGAUGUUUCUGACUGUUGUUUUAAAGCCAGUGCAGAUCAUUUCACACACAUACACAAACAUCGCUGAUGCCUUAAUUUGGAAAAUAGGUUUAUUAUAUAUUUAUAGGGAUAAUUGUCUUAAUCUUUUGAGAUAAAAGAGUUCAUUGUAUUCUGAAAACAUACUGUAACUUUCAGAACUUAAGACUCUGGAUAAGAAAGGCUGUCACAGUUGGUUGUCAACAACUAAAAAAUUACUAAAAAUAGGUACUGUAGAACUCAGGGAAAAAUAAUCUUAAAUUAUGAUAAUGAUAAAGCAGUUCAUCUGUGCUGUCAAAACACUUGCAAUGUGAAUUACUGAUGUCUCAUAAUGACUCCACUUCUGAUGCAACUAUUGAUGUU